AUCACUGCUCCUCUUGUUACAUCCCUCAAUUCACACUAUGAGCAUCCAAAUGACCCUAGUUUUCACGUCUUUGUGCGUACAGAUGGCCAUACUCUUUGUAAUGGUAUUACCCCUCCCCCAUGUGUUCCGCCGCCGGAUCGUUUCAUUGAUUGAUGUUUUGCGCAGCCUGAGCAACUUCAAGAUUGGUGUCGGGUUCUAUUCAUUGAUUUUGGCCAUGCAGUUCGCCGACUGCUUACAGCGUCUACAGAAACUCGACUACAUGAAAACCCCGUAUUUUACGAUGUCUAACAUACCCGGUGGCCCUGUUGGUUUGACCAAUGAACAAUUGGCUUCUAAAUUUUACUCCCAGAGAAACCUUUAUAUCAGCGGUGCGGUGUUAUACUUGGAAUUGGCCAUUUACACGGUGGGCACUAUUCUCAAGAAGUUGGUGCUCAAGGAAGACAGGUUACGGGCCACCAACCUUACGCAGAAAUUUGGAUCCGAGCAGGAAGAAGAAGCCAAAUACAAGCAACUUCUCACCGUGAAAGAUCAAGAGAUUGCCAAAGUUAAAGCAGAACUUGAAACGUCGACGUAAGGGGAACAUUCUCCAGUGCGACCUAGUGCAUAAUAAGGUUAAGGUUUUUCGGCACUGAAACAAAGUGUACUAUUUGUGUUCAUGGAAGAUUCUGGCCUAUAUCCUAAAUUAAGGUUAGGUAGUGUAUUGAAAUCGUAACCUGCUUGGGCACAUAUAUAAGGUUCUCGUAUAUAUACAUUCGUGG